GAGCAGGCCGUCUACCGUGGGCUAGUUCACCUGUGUCGGCCCGCUCACUUCACUCGACAGUAGCAAUGAGGACAGACCGAGCGUCGUACAGGUGAAGAGCGGAUUACACACACACAUACACAUGCUGGGAUAUACCAUGACGAACCCAUGGCACUGCCUCGCCUGGGUAGGAAUACUAGCAACGAUUUCUCUUACAGAGGGCAAUCGCUACCAUGACCAGUUCGACAAGAAUGUGGAAGCCUUCCUUCUCGACAACGGCUACACAGGGGGCUCUCUCGCCGCCAUGAAAGAUGGCCGAAUCAUAUACGCGCAAGGCUAUGGCGUCACGAACGAAGGUCACGAGGUCAAGGACACAACCUCGUUCCCAGUUUCAUCCAUUUCCCAGUCUUUGACAGCCGUUGCAAUCCUUCAGCUUGCAGAGAUAGGUGCCCUUGACCUUGAAGGAAAGGUUUUCGGUCACGGCGGAUAUCUCCACAUGCUAAAACCCCACCGAUCCGAGUCAGUUGAUCCCCGGCUUCAUGACAUCACAGUCCGAAACCUCCUCCAUCACACGGGAGGCUGGGAUAUGAACAAGGCUCCACUCUUUGACGUCAUGCUGAAUCCCUACUAUCUGAAGAAGGGCCACAACGUCCCCAACAUCAGCGACAUCAUGAACUCCCCUCCGCCGCUGUCGCACUACGACACCAUUCGUUACAUGAUGUCGCAAAGACUGGACUUCACCCCCGGGACCAAGACCGUGUACUCCAAUCUGGGCUACACCAUCCUCGGUCGAAUCAUCGAGGAGGUUGGUGACACGAGUUACGAAGAUUUUAUCAAGCAGAACGUGCUUAAACCUUGCGGUAUGUGGCACACGCGGCUGGGAAGCAAGGAGAAGAUCGCCAAGAUUGACAACAGGUCUAACAGGAUUUCAAAGGACUCCAGCGACUGGCAAGACAUAACCCUGUAUGAUGUUCUCCAUCCCGCCGUCAUUGACUCCGCUCUCGGCUGGUACUCCAACGUGUUCGACAUGAUGCGCUUCCUUCGAUGUAUUGAGAACCAUCACAGUUCGGGACUGAUUAAUAAGAAUUCGUUGGACACGCUGGCCCGCCGACCGGAAGCAGCGCCCGUGCAGCACAGCGCUAACUGGUACGGAACUGGGUUCAGAGCCAGCAUUGAAGGAACCAUAUGGCAGGACGGGGACAAGCAUGCUAACGAUGUUCUGCUCUUCCAUAGCCACAAACACGAGCACGCUAUCCACAUGCCGGACGCUUGGGUCCUGCUCCUAGACGGUCAGAAACUGAGGCACCUGAAGCAUAAGUCCCAUCAACUGAUGGAGUAUCUCGGGACCGGCUUCUCUCACGACGAGAUCAUCCUCCACGACCUCUCCGACGUCCAGGUGCCAGCCACAGCGGUCAAAUACAGCGUCGACGAACACCACCUCCAUGCUUAUGUCAACGCUUUGAAACAGGAGAGCUUUGACGUGACGUGGAUCAGUGGCCACGAUGCUCACCGACGCACCCAGUUCACCAUCAUCGCCGAGAAAACCGAACAUCCACACGACUACCUCGUUGAACACGGACUCACGGAAAAGAAACUCUUCUCCAGGAAGCUUGCUCUGGAAGAUGAAGGUUUUAACAUGACUUAUCUACAAAACUACAAAAGCGCAUCCCACGACCAAAAACACGCCUUCUUAGCCGUAUUCCGAAAAUCGGCCUAUGAUAAGCACACCCACAUGAAGUGGGGAAUCCACCAUUACCCAAGGCCGUAUGACAGGCUCCUCGGUCUGUACAUCGAGAAAGGUUACUACCCGACGGUGCAGAGUUACAUCCAUCACGAAGAUGAGGCUCUCCUUUCCUUCAUCUUCCUGAAGCGCGACAACCAGCGUAAGGUGAACUUCAAGGAGUACCACGGUCUCAGCAUCCCUCAGCUGGAGAGGAUGGUGCGCUCCAACGCUAACCAGGACCGGAAGUUGGCGUACGUCGAUGUGUGCAUGGUGUACCGGAAGCCCCGAUUCUCGGCAGUGUUCACCAACGAAAGCCCCAAACUGUGGAUAUUCGUACCCGAACUCAACCAAGAGUCUGCUGAUAAGAUUAUCCAGGAAAAAGUCGCAGAGGGUUAUGUUCCCAGGAAAAUAGUUGGAUAUGCUCGGACUGAUAAGAGUGUUAAAUACGCCCUAUACGUGGAGAAGAAGGAUUAGAAGAUUAAUGGUUAAUAUUAUAACUCAACCGAACUUUAGAAAAACUACUAGUAUACCGUCUUGAUAACGACAGCCAAAACAUGGAAAUUACCGUUUUUCGAUCCCUUCUGUUGAAGAUGGAGUUUCUGCGUGAAUUUGAUGUCAAGCUCUAUUCGGAGCUGACAAUAUCUUAAAAGAAAAUUGAAAAAAAAUAUGCUUAAAUGCUACUUGAUAUAACACCCAUCACAAAUCAAGACGUCCGAUUUUUGCAUAUGACUAUUGUUAAUCUGUCAUGACCAUGAUAAACUUUAGUUAUGAGAAAACGUUUUUUUAAACUUAUUGUGAGUAGUAUAUUUUAUUCUUUUACUUAUGACAAGACUCAAUGUUUGCAUUGCAAGUGCAGUUGACACGUCUCCAGCACAGUGGUGUGUAUUUUAAUUUAAUUACCGCUUAACUUGUCAGUCUGACGACUGUUUUACUUUGUGUGUAAACAGGUGCGAAAUAUAUUUCUAUAUUUGUUAUUUUAACAGAAUGGACCAUUCAUUACAUAAUGGAUCUGCAGGAUCACUCCUUUUUAAUCACGACAGUCGCAUGAAAACCAGCAGCUCAGAUGGAACAUUUGAUACAUUCCUUUACACUGACAAUAGUUCCACACCAAGACAUAUACUAACAUCCAUGCAACUGCUUAUGUGUAAUGUUCGCUGCCUCAAGUCCUCUGGAUAGCAUUGACAUGUUAUAUAGUUGUGACGAAUGUAUUAGCGUGUUUAGUAAUUUAUGUGGAAGGGCUGCCCUACUGAAUACCCUUCACCCUCAUGUCUUCAUUGUAAAGUGCUAUGAUUAAUUACCUUACGUUUUGUCCACGCAUAAAGGGUUAAGAGUUACAUCGUGGCUACCAGAAUGGCAUUUAUGGAGCUUGUACAUACUCGUCUUAAUCUGUACAUAAUAUCAAUGUUGUGUAUGUCCAGGUAAAUGUGUGUAUUAAAACUAUUUUACAAAA